ACCCGAAUUGCCCUUCAUUCGCCGUCGAAGAACUAAUCAUACCCCAAUUGCAACGAAAUGGCUGCCCCAUAUCCGCCCAAACCGAUUCGUAUCUGGGUCACUCCCCCUGGGCCGAAUCCGUGGAAGGCCGUCUUUCUUUUCGAGGAACUCGGCCUCAACUACGAACUAAAACCCUUCCGCUUCGACGACGUCAAAAAGAAGCCCUUCAUCGACGUCAACCCCAACGGCCGCACGCCGGCCAUCGAGGACCCCAACACCAACCUAACCCUCUGGGAAUCGGGCGCCAUCUACCAGUACGUAAUCGAGGUCUACGACAAGGAGAAUCGCCUAGCCUACGACUCGUUCCACGAGCGCCACCUAUGCAACCAAUGGCUGCAUUUCCAGAUGAGCGGCCAGGGCCCGUACUGGGGCCAGGCCGGCUGGUUCCAGCACCUGCACCAUGAGAAGAUCCCGUCGGCCGUCGAGCGCUACUGCAACGAGAUCCGGCGCGUGCUGGGCGUCAUCGAGCGUGUUCUCGCGGACAAGCCCGCCGAUGCCCAGUGGCUAGUGGGUAACAAGAUGACGUUUGCCGAUAUGGCCUGGCUGCCCUGGAACUUCCGUCUUAGUGAGGUGAUGCUGCUGUCGUGGGACGAGGUGUGGGAGGGGCUGCCGCAUGUGCGGGCGUGGCAUGAGAAGAUGGCGGCGCUGCCAUCGUGGCAGCGCUGCAUUGAGAUACGCGGUCGCCUGAUGGAGGCGCAGGGUCUGCAGUGGAAUGGCGUGCCGAAGGGUAUUGAGACGUUUACCGAGUAUGAGAAGAAGAUUGCGGAGGGCGAGGAUACCACGGCUUUGCAGCACUGAGCCAACGCCAUGGCGAUUGGUUUUCGUGGUUACAUGUUUCUAUCCGAUUGGUUAGUUAGCGGUUGACAAUGAAAUCCCAAGAUUUCCAG